GUCCGGGACCCGAACCAGGUAUCGGCGUGGAUCAACCAGACCGUUUCGCAUUUUGGCCGACUCGACGGUGCGGCAAACAUUGCAGGCAUAGUACCACUGAGUAUAGGUAGCGACGCAGGGCUGGUCGAGAACAUUGACCUUGAGGAGUGGAAACGCACUAUCGACGUCAACUUGACUGGCAUCAUGCUCUGCAUGAAGUAUCAACUGGCCACCAUGCAGGAGGGAUCUAGCGUUGUCAAUGCGAGCUCGCUCGCUGGUCUUACCGGAGGCGAGAGGAAUGGCAUAUACGCAGCUAGCAAGCACGGUGUCAUAGGCCUCACUCGAUCGGCUGCCAAGGAAGUUGGCCAGCGAGGCGUGCGUGUCAACGCCAUUUGCCCGGGACCGAUUCAAACGACAAUGCUUCGUAUGGCAGAUGAGGCGGCCAAAGCUGCUGGCUUCCAUUCAGAUUUCGACAAAGCAGCGCUGACCGAGAUUGCUUUACGUCGGAAGGGCGAACCUGAAGAGGUCGCUAAGCUAGUGGCUUUUUUGCUCAGCGACGAAUCUUCUUACAUCACCGGGAAUGCUAACCUAUGUAAUUCACCACCUUCUUCAUUACAAACAAACCUCAGAUUCACCAUGUCUACGAGCGCCUUGAUCAUCCUUGACUUGCAACUUGGUAUCCUUGGCAUGCUUGGAGAUAUCUCUUAUGAAGACUACCUGAAGAGUGUGGUCAACACAGAGAAAAAUGCCAGACAGGCUGGCGUCCAAAUUAUGCACGUCACCGCUUUCCGCCCGGAUUAUCGCGAUGUGAGCUGCCAAAAUAAGUUAAUGUCUACUAUUGCCGCUAUGGUCGGUCCGCUCAUUGUGGGCCAUGAUUCCACCAAAUUUUAUCGGAUAGUAGCUCCGGAAGAGGGCUCGGAUGAUAUUGUUGUCACAAAAAGAAUCCCAGCCUUGGUUGGAACUAACCUGGAGCUCAUUCUCAAAUCAGCUGACACUCACGAGAUUGCCCUUGCCCUCGUCGGAGUUGUAACGAGUAGAACAGUUCUUUCGACCCUGAGAAAGGCCAUCGAUCUGGACUUUGUCGUCAUCACCUUGGAGGGGUUAUGCCUUGACUUUGAUCAAGAAGUGCAAAAAGUUUUGAUGGAAAUGGCGUUUCCUCCUCUAGCAACAGUCACUCCUACUAGCAAGUGGCUACACUCUUUGCGACAAGGCCAUUCAGUGAAAGAGUGA